CAUAGUCACUCUCUUCUACUUUCCUUAGACAUCAGGUCAAGGGGUACGCUGAGUACACGCCACUAGAAGGGAAGGAAAGACAAAGUCAUCAUGGCUUCAGUGUCUACUCAUGAAAACCAAGAUAAAGGUCCCCAUUUGCCACCACCAAGCAAGCAGAGCCUGUUGUUUUGUCCAAAAUCAAAACUGCACAUCCACAGAGCGGAGAUUUCAAAGAUUAUCCGAGAAUGUCAAGAAGAAAGUUUCUGGAAGAGAGCUCUGCCUUUUUCUCUUGUAAGCAUGCUUGUCACCCAAGGACUGGUCCACCAAGGUUAUUUAGCAGCCAAUCCAAGAUUUGGAUCGUUGCCUAAAGUUGCACUGGCUGGUAUCUUGGGAUUUGGCCUUGGAAAGGUGUCAUACAUAGGAGCAUGCCAGAGUAAAUUCCAUUCAUUUGAAGACCACCUCCGUGGGGCUGGUUUUGGUCCAGGGCAUAACAGGCACUGCCUGCUCACCUGUGAGGAAUGCAAAAUUAAGCAUGGAUUAAGUGAGAAGGGCAGUUCACAGCCUUCGGCUUCCUAAACACUGUAUCUCUGGCUUUUGAAGUUUCUUAAACCUCUAAAUUUGUAUGCAUUUAAAAUUUCAAGUGUACUUUAAAAUAAUAUACUUAUGGUGGAGCAGAAACAUUGUGAUUCUCUCUAUUGAAAUGCUUUCUGUGGAAGAUUCUCAACUGAAUUGAGCAUUAUAUGUUUUUCUGCUAUUUAAGGACGUGUUGGGAGCCCUCACACACCAUAAAGAAAUUAUGUUGCACCCUAACUUGCUUACAGCCUAAUAAAAGAAUUUAGAGUCUUCUCUGA